AUGCAUACUUUUUUUCAGCUUGCUGUUUUGGCUCUGAUCUCGGUUGCUGCUGCAGCUAAAUUAGAGAAUGUAUACCUUCCGCCCAACGCGAGAGGUUCCAGCGGUGCAAGCGCAGGCCUCCAGGCGCCAUUGGGAUCAUCAGCCGGUGCCCAGGCUGCUGCCUAUUCUGGUGCUCAGUCCAGCGCGUCAGCGAACGCUGAGAUCCUGAACUACGAGAACGAAAUCAAUGAGGACGGAUACAGAUACUCUUUUAAAACUAGCGAUGGAACUGAAGCUGAACAGCAAGGUCGUGUGCUCCCUGGAGGAGCACCAGAUGAAGCCAUUCUCCAAGUCGCUGGUUCUUACUCAUAUGUAGGAAACGACGGUCAGACCUACUCUGUAUCUUACACGGCUGACGAGAACGGUUUCCAAGCAAGAGGUGACCAUCUCCCCACUCCACCACCAAUCCCAGAAGCGAUCUUGAAGAGUCUUCAACUGACCGCUGGCUCCAACACUUUGAUAUCAGUUGCUGCUAUAGCAAAAUUAGAAAAGGUAGGAGCUGGCAGCCAGGCUGAAGCUUCAUAUUCUAAUGCUGCCAGUGCUUCAACAAACGCAAAGAUCCUAAGCUACGAAAAUCAAAUCAUUGAUAAUGAUUACAAUUACUCUUAUAAGACUAGCGAUGGGACGGAGGUUGAACAGGAUGCGCCAGAUUCAGCAAAUCUCCACGUCCACGGUUCAUACUCGUAUGUAGGAGAUGACGGUCAGACCUACUAUGUUUCUUACUCUGCUGACGAGAACGGUUUCCAAGUGACAGGUGACCAUCUCCCCGCUCCCCCGCCAAUCCCAGAAGCUAUCAUGAAGAGUCUCCAAUUGACGGCCGGCUCCAACAGUUACCUAUACUAUGGAGUCUCGUCUCACAGUCCAAAAGGUAUUCCGGUUGGGUCACCGCUAUGGAAAUUACUGAACGAGACGAAGUUUUCAUAA